AUGAAUAAUAGCACUGAGAUUAGGAAUGACUAUGUAAUUGAAAAUUUCAAAUGCUCUUUUUUGAAUUGCAGCUAGAGAGAAUAAAGUCUUGUACCUUCUGAUAAUAAUUUUGUGUAUUUCUAUCAAAAGCAAAAUCCCCCUUCAUUCAAUAUGAAUGAAUCUGAAUCUAGACAAAUAGAAGUUAUAGAACAAAUAAACACUAUAUAACCAGUGGAGAUCAAAUUCAUUUGCCAGGGAUGUAACAAUGAUAUGAUGAAAAAGCCAAUUUAGCUUAUAAAAUAAAUUAGUGAUAAUAUUAAUUUAGAAAAUUAAAAUAGAUAUGAAAUCUUUUUAGAUAGGGAUGGGAGAGAAACUCCUUAUCCUCCUAAGAAAGGUAAAUUUACAAAACAAAUGCAAAAAUGCAAAAAAUGCUUAGACAAUGAAAUUGAAAUGUAAAAUUUUGACCAAAAUUUAAAAAAUUACAUAAAUAACUAAGAUGAUAUAGAUAUUAAGAUUAUGAUUGCAAAAUAUUAUGCUCAAGAAUAAUAUAAUAAAGAUAAAUAAAUGUUCCAAAUUUUGAGAUAAAAACUAAAUACUAAUUUGGGGCCAAUUGAAAGACUAAUGAUUCUGAAUAAAAUGAAAAUGAUAGUUAAGAAAUAUGAAUGA